AUGAAUGAGCAAAUGGCCAACAUGACUGAUGACAUCCAGCGACGCUGCUCGCUUCCCUCUUUGAAAUCCUCCACCUCCGACAUCGGGUCUGGCCUGGGCGAGGACCGUCGUCUUCCUCCUCUGCCUCGUAUGGAGCCGUUACCACGAGGUCCCUUCAGUCCCUUCCACGCAAAGGAGGCCUUCGGCCCUACUACACCGGGUCCCAACGACGCUUUCCAGUUCAAGUCUUCCUGGUCCGGUGGCGAGCAGAUUGUUGGUCCUCCCUCGCCAGCUAACUCCGCCGAAAGCUCCUGGCAAGAGUCCUUCGCAGCCCAGAAGGCUGUCUCCUCUGACUGGCCUACCGAUCUAUCCCAGCCUGAGAUCAUGGCCCUGAUUGCUCCUCAAAAUAUCAACCGCAAGGCUCCUCUACAACAACUUUGUGGCCGUAAGCGUAAGAGCAGCACUGACAGCGGCGACCCCGAUGACCAGCGCGAGAAGCACCGCAUCGCCGAGGGCAACCGCCGCAAGAACCUGAGCCAGCUCCACCGCGAGCUUGACGCCCGGAUUCAUGACUUCUUCCUAGAACGUGCCGGCUGGAACCCAUCCAAGAGUCUGCCUCAAUCCAAGGAGCACAUCGUGCAAGGCGCCGUCUACUUGAUCGACUUCAUGCUGGCUAUCAUCAUGCACCUUAUCCGCCAGGAGCAAGUUACUCCCCAGCUUUCAGAGAAGCUGCAACCCCAAGUCCGGUGCAUGCAGCUGCAGCAACUGGUGACAUCCCUCCAGCAACAGAACCAAACCGCACAGUCGCAGCUCCGCGCCGCAAAAGCCGAGAACGAGCUCCUGGCCGACCGCAACCGUGCCCUCGAGUUCCAACUCAAGUCCUACGAGCAAAUGUUCCGUUCCCCCAAGGCCGAGAUUGGCAGUCCCCGCCCUUUGAUCGAUGUGCCCGAACACAAGCGCCAGAAGAAAGCCCUCCCCGGCAUGCGAGUCUUCUGCGAUGAGAUCAAUGCCACAAUGGGCCCUCAAACACCAAUCCACCACGAACCCCUGCACAGCGCCACCUCACAGACCUUCAGCAGCUCAUACUUGACUACAACGCCACCGGUGACUGGUCCUUCCUCCCCUGCUUUCCCGACAUCGCAGUCCUCGUUCACUUUCCCGGCUUCGCGCCGCCAGUCUCUGAUUCCCUCGCCGUGA